GUGCCCCAUUGCCACUGGUGUGAGGGCAGAGUGUAACAAUGACCAAACGAGAGCAGCAAAGGGCCUCUGGUGUCAGGACAGGCCACGCUCUGCUCCCGGCCACUUCCCCAAAUGCACCCUGAGCUCAUCUUGAUACUCGCUGUCAUUGCAAAACAUGGUGAAGGAGUUCCGUGGGAAGGCAAAACCUCAGGCACUUCCUCCAGUGGCGUCAGUGGGAGGCAGGAGGGCGCACCGGGCAGACGCGUUGGAACGGGGAGCGUUGGGGAGGCCAUGGAGCUGCGAGUCGUCCUCCUGCUGCCGCUCUGCUUCCCAGGUCUCCAAGCACAAACACCUGAGGAGCUGAACCAACGCGAAGGAAGCAAUUUCUCUGUCCUGUGUCCUUACCCACCAGAGGCUGUGCCCUGGGAACCGAAAUCCUGGUGCCGCUGGACAGAUCAAGGAUGUCAACAUCAAGUGGCAAUAAGUGGCACAAGAACAGAGUCAUACACAGCCUGGGCCAGACAGGGGCUCAUUACCAUACAAGAUGAGCCCAGACGCAGGAUUUUUUCCAUCACCAUGACUGACCUCCAGGUGGAAGAUUCAGGCACCUAUUUCUGUGCUUACAGUCAAAGCAAUGUUCCACUGAAGAGGAUCUCACUGAAUGUUUUCAAGGAGUUUCACAAGUGGGAGUUGGACAGUCUCUCUGUGCAGUGCCCGUACCAUGAGCAGGAUUACAGCUACAGAAGAAAAGCCUGGUGCCGAUAUCUACGUCAGACUGACGGGUGUGAACUCGUGGUGAGCACAAGUACCACUUAUAUAUGGAGUAUCAACAAAGCCCAGAAAGACAGAGCCUCGAUCCAGGAUGACAUUCAGAAAAGGACUGUCACCAUCACCAUGGAGAAGCUGCAGGCACGGGACUCUGGUGUGUACUGGUGUGCAAUCUACACACCCUACACAUCCAGUCCAUUCACCCGGAUAAUGGAGGUCCGGCUCUCUGUGGCCAAGCGACCAGCUGCAACAACGUUGUCAGUUACUACAGGCACGAGUCAAACUCACCCUCCAGGCAACAGCACACAAGCACAACUCCUUUGCUCUUCCUGCUUUAGCUCAAAUGUAAACAACUACAUCAUAAUCUCUGUGGUCCUGUACCUCCUGCUGCUCCUGGUACUUACCAUCUCGAUAACAUUUUGCAUCAGGCACCACAAAAAGCUGAAGAGAAGAGGUAACAGACAAGCAGAGGACACCUGUGACAAACCAGAGGGCACAACACAGCUUCAGAGCACCGAAAGAAUGGGAAGUCCCAAGGAAGACAGCAAAGACCUAAAAUAUGUCACCCUGGACUUUAAAUUACAACCCAGCCCUGAGGAACCUCUUUAUUGUAAUGUUGAACCAAAUCAGGCUCCCAAGAACCCCAAAGAUGAAACUGUGGAAUAUGCUAUCAUUGCACUCAGUUAACAACAACAACAACAGCAACAACAACAAGAAUGAAGCACAGAACCCCACAAUAAUCCAGAAAUGGGAGGAAAGAACUGGAAAAAGAACUGGAAUAGAAAGUGGGAAUGGGGAGAAGAAAAUGUGUGCAUGGACACUGGGGAAAGAGCUUUGGUUUUGCUGUCGUGUAUGUUGCCUAUGCAUUUUAAGACCUCUCUCCUAUUAGAGGCCAGUAGAGAAUUCUGUCACAAGGAUGCAGAUUCUCUCAGGCCAGAAAGAGGUGCUGGUUAAGUCUCAGGAUCCCUUGCACAUUUGCUUUUUUUUGAUUCUAUUAAAAUGCAGACUCUUACGGAGA